AUGUACAAAGAGAAGUUUGGUGAUGAACGCUUCGUGGAUUUUUCAGUGGAACAAAGCUACACGAUGAAUUCAGAAUUGCUCGAUGAGUGGUCUUCAAAGCAAAAGUUCGAUGUUCAAAUAGAUGCGAUAAGCGCGUGGAAUAUUGUGUCGAGAAAUCGUACCGGUCUAUUCGCACCUACAAAACCGCCUUCGUCAGUGAGAAAUCUGAAAAUAUAUGCCACCCAACAGAAGACAGUUGACGGUGCGAGGGCACUGAUCGAUUUAUUUUGGGAUGAACCGACUCAAUGGAAUGGUGAACCGAUCGGCUAUAUCGUUAACUGCUCAACAGAUGGUACCGACGAGCUACACUCUGAAGAAUUGCCUCCGACCGUCAGAACUUAUUCGUUCAGCGUGAAGUCAGGACGGAUAAGCUGUAUUGUUGGUGCUCGGAAUGAUCCCUAUUUGGGUACAUUCUCAGAUCCGAUCGAUAUCGAUAGUAGUGGUAAGAUAUUGAACAUGUUUCUGAACGAUGAAGUUGAAUCAUUUUUCUUGAGAGCAAAGAGUCCUUAUUUGUUGAAGAGACCUUGUAGGAAAAAUUUCAUUCAAGAGAAAGCUAUCUUUCACGAAAUUUUUCGUAUACACGAUUCGUAA